GAAUCACUACAUCGACGAUCCGCUGCGAGCCGUCCUCACCGCCGCCCGCUUUUGUGACUCUUUGGCUGAGGAAGGACUGCAGGGUCGGGCAGGAGUCGCCACGGGCAUCGUAUGGUGUGGCACUGUUGGCAGCCAGAUCCGCCGGGAGUAUACAGUAUUGGGCGACACUGUCAACCUGUCUGCUCGCUUGAUGGCGAAGACGGAUAUCAACACUGUCCUCGUUGAUGCUGCAACCUUCAGCUCCUGCAAGCGGACGCUGGCCUUCGAGUCGCUGGGAGAAAUCUCAGUGAAAGGCAAGCAGGAACAGAUCCAGGUGUACCGCUUCACAGGAGAUCUUCUACCUCGCAGAGACCGUGAUCGCAAAGGCCUGCAGCGGUCGCUUCUGUCGUGGGAAGAGUGGCCCGCUCGAGAGGAGCUGAUGGCUGCCUUGGAAGCACAGUUGCAGAAACAACCAGGCCCCGGUGGCCUUGUGUUCGUCCAUGGCGGUCCAGGCUGUGGCAAGACGGAGCUUGCUGCUCAUGUUCGGGCGUGGGCGUUGGAGCAAGAACUCUGCGUCCUCGCAGGUCAGAAUCAGAGUCCUACAGGGACCUUGGCGGUGCCGCGGCUCUGCUGGCAAGAGGUGUUUGCAGAGAUGCUGAAGGCUGCGCGCAGCGAUCCGGCGUGGAAUGACACAGGAGAGCAUGUCACUGAUCGAGAAAUCAUCCGGCGUAUGCUCUUGGCAGCUGGGGCGACACGAGAGCUUCUUGCAUGGCUCCCAGUCCUGCGCUUGGUCUUCCCUGCACUCUACUUUGGGCCCAACGUUGUGAAUGCCAUGGUCGAGCGAGAUGCACUACACGCCAAGACGCGGCCGCUGAAGGUGGUCACUCUGUGCAAGAUGCUCGUGGACGCAUUCACAACCCACUCCACGAAGAGCCAGGGUACCGUCAUCUUGCUUCAUCUCCGGCGCUCGACGUCGUUCUUCGGCGAGACGACGGACUACGACGGCAAUCUGGUGGAGGGGCUCAUGAACUUGUGCAUGGAACGCCGCGAGACUGGGAAGAAGCCGGUGAUGCUGUGCGUUGUGGCGCGGGAAACCAUCUUGCAAUCACAGGCCUUCUUCCUGAACUCGCGGAAUCUGAACGGCGAAGUGGAGGUAAGCAAUCUCUCCCGGGACAUGACGGAGAAAUAUGUUAUGCACAUCACCGAAGCAGCUGCUGGCGUGGCACCCGACUUGCUUCAGUACGUGUUUGAAAGCUCCGGCGGAAAUCCCUUCGGCGUGGAGGUGGUCCUCCAAGAACUUCGACAGGGCGGAGCUGUGCAGGUUUCCGAAGAGGGAUUCCUAGAGCUCUCCGAUGGCGAUGAGGCGAACCUGUCACAGCUGGAAUAUCCAGAGUCUUUGAUCGGAAUUGCUUUGGCCUCCUGGGAGAAGCUGCUUCCCCACCAACAGGACUUGGUGAAAAAUGUGGCCAUGUGUAGCCAAGAGGCAGACUGCGAAGUGUUGAACAUCGUGGACCUGGCAGAGAGCUUGAGCUGA